AUGAAGUUCACUAGCGUGUUGGCCAGUUUGUUGGCGGUGGCGUGUGCCGCCCAGCCCGAAGCGGAAAACGCUCCCCAGGACGUCGGCGAGACCAUUGACCUCGACAUUUCCUACUCGAUCGCCGCCUACCCCACCGCGCAGCCGCAAGAGUUGUUGACGGUGUACAACGGCGACGACCACUACUUGACCUAUAAGGUCGUCAACGAAGACGACCGUGACAUCACCAUCAUCGGUGUCGGCGGGGUGUUGUUGGACCCCAUGACCGGCAAGGCUAAGGUCAACUUGACCUCGGGCGAAGUUGGUCCUCACGCCCUCUCCAGAGGCGACAACGUCACCUUCACUCAACACAUCCCCUUCAACGUGCUCACCGACAACUACGCGUUGACUCCCCAGCUUUUCCUCGUGGUAGGCGACGAAAUUAAGAUGUUGCCGUUGCGUCCUCAAUUGAUCACCGUGGUCGACGAGCCGAUCUCGUUGUUCAACCCUAAGUUGCUUUUCCUUGAAUUUGUGUUGGGCUUGACUUUGGCGGGUGUUGGCUACGUCAUCUGGGACUUGUGGGGCCGCGCCUACUUCCGUGGUACCCCUACUGUCACCAAGAAGCAGGCGAGAUCGGCGGCUAAGCAAGGUGCUGCUGCUCACACCACCGGUGCGCAAAAGUACGACGAGUCGUGGUUGCCUGACUCCUACAAGAAGAAGUCGAAGAAGGCGUAA